AAGUAAGUCUUACUUAAACUAUGAACGUCCUAUGCCAUAUUUUGACUUUGGUCUUUUCUUUUUAAUUGCAGUUAGGAUUAAAUUUUGAUCAUCCAAAUAAGAAUUUUAAUAUUUAAUGAUCAAUAUUAAAUAUUCCCUAUUUAUUAAUAGGUUGUCCAAUUAUUUUUAGACGUAAUAAAUAAUAACUUCAUUAAUUAUUAACAGGGUAUCAUUUAUAUUAAAAGUACGUUACAAUCGAUCAAAGCAUUACUGAUGUAGCUAUUAAAACAAACUUGUUCACAUCUGAUAUACGUGUAACAAUUCAGUAUCCACAAACUCAAAGUAGGCUAAAUAGCUGCAUUAAAAUCAAUGAUUUUGGGUUGUAUUGUAAGCCUGGCUUUUGUUUUUUCUUUUGUCACCAUAAAUAAGACGAAAAAGAAAAACUCUGGAAACUUCAAGAAAACAUCAAACUUUACAUCAGCAAAUCACAUCCACUCGUUUCCAAUCACUCCGCGAUCUGGUGGGACCCAACAAUAAUCAUAUUAAAAUAGUAAAAAAUUAAGAAAAAAAAUAAUAUAUCAUUAUAUACAGACCCAUUUUCGGUUCAUUUCAUCGUCGAAGUAACUGCUGCAAUUUGUUCGGAGCCUUAUUUUGCAAAAGGAAGGGGGUGUUAGAAACAGGCAAAUUCUGGAUAUGGCGGUUGUUGCAGGGACGGUAGCGACGUCUUCUUGGACUCUGGUGAAGUCUCAACGUCUCCCGUCAGCUCCUUCUUUGAGGAAAUUCUGUGGUGGGAACGAAAGCCACCCAGGAGGGAAAAUGGUUAUGAAAUUUAUGGGUAUGAAAGCGAGGUUUGGCUCUUUCACGAGUGGUGGUGCUGGUGUUUUAGAACGACCCGGUUUCGAUCAGUCCCAGUUUGAACCUUCUACUAAAGUUCUUGAAGGUGGUGAUAUUGGGCGCUUGAGGAAUAAGAAAGGUAUUGGCAGUGGAGGCAGUUAUAGAGUUUUGCUGGUUGAUGAUGCUGGUCAUUCUGAAAAAUUAGUUGCGAAGGUUUUGCCCCAAGUUGUUCCAUCCGUUACACCUGAUGAUGCAAGAAAACUGUUUCAUGUAUCACGAGAAAAUGGAGUGGCAGUUGUAAUUGUCACAGUUAAGGAGCAUGCUGAAUUCUAUUCACAAAUGAUGAUACGUGGCGGAUUACGAUCAACUAUCGAGCCGGAUUCAAGUUUAAUGUAAAGCAGUCAGACUUUAUAUCAUAUGAACUGCAGCAAGCAAGACAUGGCAGUGACAAUUUUGCAAAUUCAAGAUUCAAUUGUAAACGCAGAUAUUAAAGGGAAAAUUAGAUGAAAUGCAGAGAGAAUGCAUAUGGCACCUAAACUUCCAUUAUGAGAACUUCAAUGACUCCAAGUUCAAUACAACAGUUAACAGAUUUUGUAGUCUGCUUUGUAGUUUUUGUUCCUGAUAGAAGCUGAUCUUUCCCGUAUGUUGAAAAAAAUCCCCGGAACGGUUAGACUCAUAGUUGACAUAGCCAUUGGAUGAAUUUAAAUCUAUCGCUUAACGGAUAAGUGAACAAAUUCAUAAAAAAAAACUGAUAUAUUACGGCUAAACUAAUAAUUUAUUGCCACAUCAUAGGAUAAAAUGUUUGGAUGAGAGUAGACUUGAUAAUUUUACACGGGGCACGAUAUGGAUUUAUUGUAAUUGCAUUUUGUGUUUUAAUGGUAUUAAUAUGG